UUGCCGCCACCCCCGACAAACCUUAUAGUACUGACGCCAAUAUUAUGCACAUUAGCUUUGAAUCGGGUGUUUUGGAGGACCCCUUACACCCGCCCAUUGAUGACAUGUAUUUAAUGACCACAAAUCCCAAUCUAUGGCCCAAUGAAGCGGAAGAGAUUAAAAUAACAUUUGCAAAGGGAUUGCCUCAAGAGGUGGAGAAUUUGAGUACAAAAUUCAAAGUCGAAGAUUCCGUCGAAAUACUGAAAUAUCUGAAUAAAUUGGGCGGAAAGCAUGGAAUCGGAAGAAUUGAUAUUGUUGAGGACAGGUAUAUCGGUAUGAAAUCUCGCGGCGUAUAUGAGACUCCCGGAGGAACCAUCUUAUGGACGGCUAUCAGGGACUUGGAGUUACUGUGCUUGGAUCGGGAAGUGAACAAAAUCCGAGCUAAAUUGGCGCAAGAAUUUGCUGAAAAA